AGAGGUGGGACGGUCCCCGUGAGGGAAGUAGGCGGCGCCGGUGAGCGAGUCUCGGUGGCGGUGAAGUUGGGCAGAGGAUUGGUCUCCAUCAAUAUCAAACCUGCUAUUGGAUAAACCGUGUCUAUAGAGGCAUACAGGAUGCCGGCCUGCUUCAUAAAAGGAUGCUCUUUUAGUUGGCGUCAAAAGGAUCCCGACAUCACCUUGCACGUCUUUCCACGUGAUCCGGGAAUGAUAAGGAAAUGGCUUCUGCAAAUCUACCGUAGUGAGGAAGGCCUGGAGGAGUUUGUAGAAAAGAUACAGAACAGCAAAAAGGGAGUCUAUCGUAUCUGUUCCAGACACUUCGCCGCCGAUUGCUACGAAAAGAAAAAACUCGGCAAGGUGUUCAGAAAGGAUGCCAUACCCACCAUUUUCCCUUGGCUUCAGCCGUACCCUUUGGAAGAGGAGCGGGUGGAUCACCCUUAUGCCAAAAAGAGGAAAAUGGACACGGACUUGCCGGAGGAAUAUUUCGAUGACAUGUCGGCUGAAGAAACCAUUAGGCCUUCUGUACCGCGUAUGUCCACCCCUGUGUCGACUGCCAUACCUACACCUCAGGAGUUUGUGAUGUCGCAGUUUGCAAGUAAAAUUCUCACGCAAAGCUUUCCCGGAAAACCGGCUUCACAGCACAGUGUCUGUGCAACAGAAGACAUGUCCAACUACUCGUCAUCCUGCCAAAACACGGAAGAGGUAGGGUAUUAUGGUCUUCCCCCUCAUCCAAGAGGGAAGAGAUAUUAUCGACCCAGGACUCGCCGUACAGUCGGUACAAUGACGCGACGCUAUCCGGGAAUGUCGCACAAAACGAUACAGGUGGACAGGCCAAUAGGAAUGAAGGAUAAGGCCGCGCAGAUCUUGCGAAGGCCACCUCACAGGUCUAUAGCCCUUCAGUGCAACCUCGCCAAGCUUCCUGCGUUGGCGCAGGCAGGAAAACCACAGUCAAAACCAGUCAUUCAAAAACUGGAUGAUCUUCACACGAACCCUAACACCGCCUCAUUUGCAGACUUUGUUGAAAAUUCCAUGACCAUUCAAGUCAUAGAGGAGGAGGACGAACCGCCAUUGUCGCCAGACCUGUCCUCUAUUGAGAGCUUUGCGGACGCACAGUCUGAUGCAGAACCCGAGGAAACAUCCGUUCCUGACCUUGAUGAAGCUUAUAGCCCGUGUGUAGAGGUGGAGGAGGACUGUAGUCAAGAAAUGAAUGAAAAUAUUCCAGCAGAUCCGAAAGAAGCCGACAUUACGCCCAUUUUCUUGCCCGAGACCCAAGCUCCAGUGGACCACGUCAAAGAGAGAAAAUUUAUCGUUUUCGAAUCCUGUUUGAAUAAGUUACUGAUGUGCUGUAAAUGCUUAAAGACGGCGAACUGCCGCGGAAACAUAACGAAACUAAAAAAAUACCGCAUCGGCUCGGCGGUUUUAGUAACCGCCGUCUGUUCCAUGAGGCACGAAUUUCACUUGUGGACUAGCCAGCCCAUGAUCGGGCGAAUGCCCGUCGGAAACCUUCUCAUAUCUUCCAGCACUUUAUGCAGCGGAUCCAAUUUUCUCAAAGUAGACAGUUUUUUCCGCCUUGCCGGAAUUCUCGGAAUCUCACAGCCAACCCAUAACAGUGACGAAAACCUUUACUUGUUCCCCGCGAUUGAUCACCACUGGAGUCUGGAGAAAAGAAGCCUUGUCCAAGACGUGCAAAGCAGACCCGUAGCACUAGUGGGCGACGGCCAGUGCAAGUCCUACGCCUCCCGUGCCAAAUGCUGCACCUACAAUUUCUUGGAAUACCACACUAAAAAAAUCAUCGACUUUCAAGUGGAAAAGUUAGAUCCUUCUGAAGCCGCAACGGGCCUUGAAAAAAAGACAUUCCAAGCAGCCCUUGACCGGAUAAUCAAGGAAAAAGUGAAUGUCCGUGUCCUUUGCACAGACCGGCAUGCAGGUAUCAAAAAACUGUUGAGGAAACACUACGGUCGCAUCAAACACCAGUAUGAUGUCUGGCAUGUGGCUAAGUCUGUGGGCAACAAGAUGGCGAGGGCCAGCAAGAAGCAUGGCUGCCGUACACUGGCGGGGUGGGUCAGGCCUGCCAAAAGUCAUAUGUGGUGGUCGGCCAGAACCUGUGAACAGAAUCCAGCCUUGCUUCGAGAGAAGUGGACCUCUAUUGCACACCAUGCGUCAAACCAACAUCAUUGGGAUGAGGCAACUCUCUACAGUUCCUGCCAACAUGACGACGAUGAUGAAGAGGAGGAAGACAAGGAAUGGCUGGUGGCAGGUUCGGAAGCCCACCUCCAACUAAAGGGAGUUGUGUUGGACGAAAACCUGCUGGAGGACCUCGACCACCUCUCCAGUUUUUGCCAAGCCGACGAACUCGAGGUGCUCCGUAGCAUCACCGGAAAGUACCACGCCAAACAAACUCGGUAUUCCGUGGAGGGAGUGGUGGCCCGUUCACAGCUAGCCGCCCUGGAUUAUAAUCGGAACGUCAGACUGAUACAAGGCGUGCUAAAAGCCGCGUCUUACGGUGCGGGCGGAAAAGCCAAAAAGGAUUGGGUGGAAUCCAAAAUUUUCAACCCCGCCAACCAAGACUUUAUGAAGGAUAUCAUAGCCGACGUUCUGUCCUUUGCUGACGGAAAGACAUUUUUUAGUACGGCGUCCCAACAGUCAGAGGCGUCCAGAAAGACUGCCGCUAUCCAGAGGCCGGCCCGGUGGAAAAUGAUGGACAAAUGUAUUUACAGAUUCCCUGAAAUGAUUGAGUAGAUGGACAGUAAAGGCAAGGCUCGUUCUUUAUAGUCCAAGGAACUACUUUGUGUGUGUGUGUAUAUAUAAUAUAACUUUUUUUUUUUUUUUUUUACUUAACAUUUUAUGUUUUGUUGUCAUGCUAAUUCCUUGUUUUAUGUAUAUAUACUUUUGAAUUGUAAUCGCUCAUGCUUAGCUACUUUAAAGUGGAACUUCAGUUGACUCCCUUUGCGGGCAAUGAGUGUGAAAGUUCUGCAGUGGGGGGGCUGCAAUUAAAUUUUUUUUAAAUUUUUUUUGAGGAAGGGUAAAAAUUGAGUGGAUUUUGUUUUUGGUUGGUCAAAUUUAAAGCGGAGGUUCACCCGCACAUGACACUAUUUCCCCCUAGAUG